AUGAUAGUCACCCCCUCCACCGAUGAAGUACUCCUACUCAUCUCCUCCACCACCAAAGAAGUACUCCUACUCAUCACCUCCCCCACCAAAGUACUCCUCAUCAUCACCUCCACCAUACUACUACAAUCACCACCACCUCCAAAGGAUGUUCAACACUCCACCACCAAAGAAGUACUCCUACUCAUCACCUCCCCCACCAAAGUACUCAUCAUCAUCACCUCCACCAUACUACUACAAUCACCACCACCUCCAAAGGAUGUUCAACACCCACAAUACCACUACAAGUCACCCCCUCCACCACCAAAGAAGUACUCCUAUUCAUCACCUCCUCCACCAAAGUACUCCUACUCAUCACCUCGCCCACCAUACUAUUACAAGUCACCACCACCUCCAAAGCAUGUUGAGCACUCACAAUACCACCACAAAUCACCCCCUCCACCAAAGUACUCCUACUUGUCUCCUCCACCACGAAAGAGGUACUCCUACUCAUCACCUCCCCCACCAAAGUACUCCUGCUCAUCACCACCUCCACCAUACUACUACAAGUCACCACCACCUCCAAAAAAUUACUCCUACUCAUCAACUCCCCCACCAAAGUACUCCUACUCAUCACCACCUCCAGCAUACUACUACAAGUCACCAUCACCUACAAAGCAUGUUGAGCACUCAGAGCAUCCACCAUAUUUAUAUAAAUCACCUCCUCUAUCUCAAUCUCAAUCUCCGCCACCACCUUACUACUACAAAUCACCGCCGCCUCCAUCUUCAUCACCACCACCUCCGUAUUACUACAAGUCGCCUCCUCCACCAUCUACAUCACCGCCACGGCACCACCACCAUACUACUAUUCUUCUCCUCCACCACCAUACAUUGUCUAGUAAGAGAAUAUUAAGGAAUUUAUUCAAAACAAUAAAUGCAAAUGUUUUGAGCACCCACAAUACCUCAAAGUUACCCCCUCCACCAAUGAAGUACUCCCAGUCAUCAACUCCCCCACCAAAGUACUCCUACUCAUCACCACCUCCACCAUACUACUACAAGUCACCAUCACCUACAAAGCAUGUUGAGAACUCAGAGCAUCCACCAUAUUUAUAUAAAUCACCUCCUCUAUCUCAAUCUCCACCACCACCUUACUACAAAUCACCACUGCCUCCAUCUUCAUCACCACCACCUCCAUAUUACUACAAGUCACCUCCUCCACCAUCUCCAUCACCGCCGCCACCAUACUACUACUCUUCUCCUCCACCUCCAAAACACUACUAUUACAAGUCACCACCACCACCACCGAAAAAGUACUACUACAAAUCACCACCACCUCCAGCAUGCUACUACAAAUCACCUCCUCCUCCAUCAUCAACACCACCUCCACCAUACUACUAUAAGUCACCACCACCUCCAAAGCAAGUAGAUAGCCCACAAUAUUACUCUAAAUCACCCCCUCCUAAGAAGUACUCCUACUCAUCAGCCCCUCCACCAAAGAAGCACUACUCGUCACCACCACCUCCAAAGCAUGUUAAGCACCCCCAAUACAAGUCACCCCCACCACCAUUGAAGCACUUCUCAUCACCUCCAUCACCAAAGAAGUACUACUCAUCACCUCCCCCACCAUAUUACUACAAGUCACCACCUUUAAAGCACGUUGAGCACCCUCAACGCCACUACAACUCAUCCCCUCCACCAUUGAUUGAAGAAUAUUUUAGUGGUUUGUUGCCUAUGGCUUCUCCUUCCUCUCCCUCUGCUCCCCUCCCCUUCUUCCCCAUGAAUUUCUGCUUCUUCUCCGGUUUCUCCCCCCAUUCUCUUCGGUUCUCCCCUCUUUCUUACUUCUUGUUUCUAUUCUUUACUUCGUCCUGCAUCACAUUGAAGUACUCCUACCCAUCACCUCCACCACCAAAGAGGUACUCCUACUCACCUCUUCCCCCACCAUACUACUACAAGUCACCACCACCUCCAAAAUAUGUUGAGCACCCACAAUACAACUACAAGACAUCCCCUCCACCAAUGAAGUACUCCCACUCAUCACCUCUACCAGCAAAGAAGUACUCCUACUCGUCACCUCCCCCACCGAAGUACUCAUACUCAUCACCACCUCCACCAUACUACAAGUCAUCUCCUCCACCAAACAAGUACUCCUACUUAUCACCUCCCCCACCAAAGUACUCCUACUCAUCAGCAUCUCCACCAUACUACUACAAGUCACCACCACCACCAAAACAAUUGGAGCACCCACCAUAUUUAUAUAAAUCACCACCUCCUCCAUCUCAAUCGUUGCCACCACCUUACUACUACAAAUCACCGCCGCCUCCAUCUCCGUCACCACCUCCUUCAUACUACUACAAGUCGCCUCCACCAUCUCCAUUACCAAAUCCUCCAUAUUAUUACAAGUCACAUCCCCCACCAUCUUUGUCGCAACCACCACCAUACUACUACUCUUCACCUCCACCUCCACCUCCACCUCCGAAACACUACUAGCAUGACAACAUUUGCGACAUUACAAUGGAGUUCAAAGAGAGAACACUUCCUAUGGAAGGCAUUUAAAAUAAUUGUGUAAUUUUUCUAAUUAUUGAUCAACUUUUAUAUUCAAUAAGUAGGGUCUUAAAGAGAUCCUAGAUGUUUGUAUCUGCAUGAAGCAUCAAUUGUACAAUUGUUAUGUUUGUAACUUACCACAAACAUUAUUAAGAUUUAUGAUUACUUUCCUCAAACUACUUUUUAUUCUUCAAUUUAAGUCUAAAAAGUGAUGAUCACUAUACUAAUAUUUGAAUUUAUACUUGUAAUGGGCACAACCUUCAAUAAAAAUGUCUGACCAAUGAAGUAUUAAGGGGUAAGAUUGAACAUAUGGCGAAUCACUCCAACAACAGCAAAGUAUGAUAAGUGCAAGAAAUAUUUAGCAUGAAAACUGAACCAGUGGCAUCAGCUGCACUAAAAAGAAUUAGCUUGAUUUUACUAGGAAAUGAUAUGUUUAAUGUCAUCGAAUUUUACCACUGUAGUUCAUUCGGUAACACUUUUUCUUCUUUGAAAUUGUUUUCUGGCUCUAAUUUUUUUUGUUACAGCUGCCACUUCAAUGUAUAAUGCUAAUAUAUCUAACAGCAGAAACUGAAAGCUAAGUUGAGUUGUCCUUUAAGCAAUUUCAAAUAUGAGUCAAGUAACAAAUAUACAUCCAUAAGUUCUUUCAGGUUACAAAAGCGGUUAUAUUACCAUAAAUUUUAGCUUUCCUAAGUUAAUAUAAAAGAAAGAAAGAAAUAGAUAUGAAAAGGAAAAGUAAAAAAGUUGUAUGAAAAGCACUAUAACCUCAAAAAAAAGGCAAGAUGAAGCCACCAUCGUAUAAAACUAUUUUUCUAAUGCUUGGGGACAUUAAUAGCCACCUCCUUGUAACAAAUUGGGCAAGC